GGUUGCGGUGAAGCGAGUGAGAUAGCGUCGCACUAAUUUUCCAUCGAUCAGUCGAGUUUACGCUGUGGGAAUGAGUUGUUACUGCGUGCACGUAAAGCAACGUGUGAUUCCGUAGAAACUCCAUCAGAGUAAAAUCGCUAUCGCGUUCAUUCAUUUUGCAAAACACGCGAGUCAUCUCUCUCACUUAGCGUGCCAAGUUUAUAUUAAUAAAAUGCUUAUAUUAAACUUUCAAAAGUGCUAAAUAACUUAAGCGAAAGAAAGAUGGAAUAGGAGAAAGUGUAUCACGUUUAAGAACAUUAUUAUGCACACGGGAUUUAAGUAACUUUUGAAAAUGAUUCAUUACGACGUAGAAACGAAGAAGAAUAUUUCAGAAAACGAUUAAUUUUAGAUAAAUAAUUAAUUAAAAAUGUCGGAAGACCAUCUUCAAGUGUAUCUUUCAGGAAAUCUGCAAAGCGCAAAUAAAAAAUAAUAUAUUAUUAACGAAACCGUGUCUAAACUGUGUGUCUAAAAAAAAACGACUUUAUUGUGUGAUUUACGUGGGACAAGUUUUACGUAAUAUAAUUUUCAACAAAGGAUCUCUGUGAGUUUCUCAAGAAAAUGAUUAUUAGUACCAAUCAUGAGCCGAAAAAUAAUAAUUCGGUUGAUAAGUAUGAACUUAUCGAGACAAAGAGCUGAUGCAGCUAUUAUUGGUAAUUCUUCGAAUAUCCCGAAAUUUGGAAUAUCUGAAUAUCAAAUAUAACAACCCAAAUACAAAAUUCUUCAAAUCAUUAACAUGGAACGUUCGAAUCAGUGCAGUGUUUGUUAUGCAAUACUCUUCCGUAUUGCCCUCAGGCAGCUUCCCACUAAUUGUUUGAGUUAGUUGAAUCUCUAUUAGACCGGCGCAGCUACCCUUUGCGCGAGGCGGAAACUGACUCAUUCCCCACGUGUCGCCUGAACGAUAAAUAUAAAGCGAUCAAUCGCACGAGAAUAAAAAAAACAGGCGAAAACCGGAGAGACCCUGAGAUCAUCCUUCCCACUUUGGAUGCCCCCACGGAACAUGCAACUUAUCUCUUAAGAUGAUCGUGCGAAUACGCUGGAGAACGGAGGCACGUGUUCGACCGUCGACAUCGUAUCUCCGAUGAAUCGGAAGCAUCGCCCAGGUAAACGAGGUGCGGCCGACGCCGAUGCCGAGAACGAUGAAGCCACCGACGAUCAGCAGCAGCAACUCGUCGAGCGUCACCAGUCUCCCCCUUGUUUUCCCGGUCCCCUGCGAGAAUCUCACCAAUUUCAUCGGCCGCGAACGAUCCACCGGGUACCAAGAAUGGGACAACGAGAACGCCACGUGUCUGGAACACGCGCCCACGUUAACCAGCGCGAUAUACCUCAAAGUCAUCGUGUUGGCAGUUAUGUCGGUGCUGAGCCUGGUCGGCAACCUGGCGACGAUAUACUCGAUCAAGAAGAAUCGUCGGAGGCAGCGAGGCUGCUCGGCGAUCUACACUCUGAUCCUUCAUCUGUCGGUGGCCGAUCUGCUGGUCACCGUCUUCUGCCUCGCCGGCGAGGCGAUCUGGAGCUACAACGUCGCGUGGCUGUGGGGAAAUGCCGCGUGCAAGAUCUUCAAGUUCCUACAAAUGUUCAGCCUGUACCUUAGUACAUUUGUACUCGUGCUGAUUGGCGUCGACCGGUUUGUCGCAGUGCGUUAUCCCAUGAAGGGCCUCAAUACGUCUCAGAACUGCACGCGAUUCGUCCUUCUCACUUGGAUGCUGUCUCUUGUGCUCGCCACUCCACAGAUCGCGGUAUUUCAUGUUUCGCAAGGACCAUUCAUCGAGGUAUUUACGCAAUGCGUGACACACGGCUUUUACACUGAGCCCUGGCAGGAACAGUUAUACGCGAGUUUCAGUCUGUUCUUUAUGUUCCUCCUGCCAUUAGCAAUUUUAAUCACCACAUACGUAUCCACGGUGAUCACUAUCUCUCGAAGUCAGAGACAUUUCAAGAUAGGACCAACGAAGACGUACAAAAACAGCGACUUAAAUAGGAGAAGACUGAUGAACCGAGCGAAAACGAAGUCACUGCGCAUCAGCGUCGUCAUCGUAGCGGCAUUUCUAAUUUGGUGGACGCCGUACUACACGAUGAUGAUAAUUCUCCUGUUCAUCAAUCCGGAUGAUCACCUCAGCGAGGAGCUGCAGACCGGAAUAUUUUUCUUCGGUAUGAGCAACAGCUUGGUAAAUCCUCUGAUAUAUGGCGCAUUUCAUCUUUGGCCGCAGAGACAACGGCAGGGCUCUUAUCAUAGUUACAGGUCUGACGCUUCGAUGACUCAACGAAGCAUCAUGAGGAAACGCGAUACGAAAACGCCACUCCUCUCUCAGGAUAAUGGCAACAAAGUGAUUGCGACCACGCAGCAGCAUGAGAUAUAAAAUUUUUUAUCAAAUUAGAUUAUCUUAGAAACAAUGUAUAUACGUCGUGUAACGAAAAGUAAUAGCGUAAUAUAAAAAGAUGAAAUACCACACGAAAAUAAAAAAAAUAGGAAG